AUGGCCCAAGAGCGGCUCGAUGUUGCUGUACAGCCGGAAGAAGGUGCGGUACCGACGGGACGGCUAUUGCUGGAAGAAGAGGAAGGACGGCAAGACGACCAGGGAGGAUCACAUGAAGCUCAAGGUCCAAGGCACCGAGGUAGUACUGGUACCUGCUCCGUAGCUAGCUGGCGAGCGCCCCCCACCGACAAAACCUAUUCCCAAGAUAAAUCGGCUCCAGAUGUACAAGGCUGUAACCCAGAUAUAGUCCUUGUACACUAUUUGAACGUGCCGUAUCCUGAUGAUAACAAAAUCGUAUCUCCAAGCCUGGCCCUCUGUGCUGAUAAGAAACAAUGGACCAAAGAGGAACUAAUAUCUCAGCUCAAGCCGAUGUAGUUUUUAAAACAGAAACGAGUUCAACAAACACUGCUUUCUCAGACAGCUGAGACUGUAGAGUCCAUAGUGUGUCAGCUGCUGGAGAGACAGCGCUCUGCGAGGGCUAACGCAAUAUGCAAACAGCUCGAAUGCGGUUGUCCGGAUUCGACUUGUGCCGAUGCCAAAGCGUGCUCGCAGCCGAUAAGAAGGAUAACUGCAGCCAAGGCGGAACCCGAUACUAAUCAGUGUGCCAUAACGGCCACAAGAGCCAUUUGGGACACGGGUGCUCAGUUGCAAACUGUGCCACAGGUGUCGUCUACUACGGGCUCAGCUGGUCUGCUCCUUGGUCAGCGAGGGAUUGUUCAACAGGAGAGGGCGCUGCCCAUUCACCACAUACAGCAGCAGAAUCAUCACCAGGUACCGCAUGGCUCAAACACACAAAGUGGACCUCUUGUUCUCAGCCUUACCCAGCCCGGAAGCCUCUUGAUCCUCAACAACCAAUCGGCUGGGCAGAUAACUUCAAUCGUCAGUGGGAGGCAUCAACAGCGUAAAGAAAAGCCUAUGGAGUUGGAGAGUACAGUACCGCAACAAGUCAUGACACAAAUGAGGAAUUCGACAGAAGAUGAUAAGUUUAAACAGAGAAAACAGAAAAUGGAAAAGUUUAUCGAAAUGAAAGAAGUUAGCGGAGGUACAGAAUACUACGAGACGUUGGAUCUAUCUCAGGAAGAUAUUCAGAGGACCCUGUCGGCUAACAUGCCAUUGUCAUGUUCUUCGAAUGACAGAGGUUCACGUGAGGAAAACAACAAGCAGUCGUCAGUUCUUCCCGAGAUAGAAUUCAUUGACGUCAACGCCUCUCAACAUGUUGACGAUGUCUUCCUCAAUCUUGAUGCUUUUGAUAUGCUCUCUGAGUUCCCAGAUCUAGAAGGCCUGGAUCAAAACCAUAAUGGUGGUGGUUUGAAUGACAAUGGUAGUGGAGCGGACGGAGACAAUAUGGAGACCGAGAAAGGAAAUGGAUCACCUCCGAGAAUGGACUAUCGUGAAGGCACAGCAAACAUCACUGAUUAUUCCCCAGAAUGGGCUUAUACAGAGGUAAAGUUUUAA